AUGUCUUCCCCGAUUCGCCCUCAGUUUUUCUGUACUCGUCCAAAUGGCACCCUCACGCCCCUCGUUGCAGUGGACGAGCUGCCCUCGCAUAUCUCAAUCCGCGGCGUUCCCCGUAUUCUCUCAGCAAGCGAAACUCAGGGAAUGACUAGUCUGGGCACAGUGAACUCGCGACUGCAAUGCUAUGUCGUUGAAGGGACUCGCCCGUCAUCCGGCGCUGCGCCUGGACAUCGCUCCCGCGACAAUGACGUGCAGUCGACUCUCAUGAGGCUCGCUUCUGAUGAGAACGUCCCAGCUAGUCAGAGAGUUGCUAUCAGUGCGCUUUUGCAGCAUGGUUUAUCUCAGAAUUGGUUUUCCACUCCUCCAUCAUCCAGCAAUUGGCUGGUUCCGACCAACCCUCUGAAUUCCACAGGAAAUGGUGCUGCUAGACAAAGCCCUCAUUACAACUCGAAGAAAGAGUACUGCUCAUAUUGGAUACGUCACGGCGAAUGCGACUAUCAGCAACAAGGGUGCCUCUACAAGCAUGAGAUGCCUCAUGAUCUGUCAAUGCUAGAGAAGCUCGGUCUGCGCGACAUCCCUCGCUGGUAUCGCGAUAAGUACAAUAUACCAAGCCUUCUUCCCAACGGACAUGGACAUCCCCGUACUCCCAUCAGCCACGCACUUCCUCCAGCAGACGGUGGUUCCUACAGACCGACUCAGUAUCACCAGCGCAUGGCUAUCAAUGAGAACAUUGACGCGCCAGAGAUCAGAAAGGACCCUGAGCAGGAACUUAGAAAUCAUCUCUCCAUUCAACAACCUUCCCUGAGAUUUCCUAGUACCUCAAGGCUUGCUCUUCCGGCUGCCGAUGCAACGAAGUUCUCGAAGAGUCAGAGGGUAGAAUCGAAGCAAGCUCCCAACUCCACGAACGUGGCUCUCAGAAAGCUCGAAUAUCUGUCCAUGGACUCGGUUCCAGAUUAUGAGGACUAUACGACUUUAAGAAUUGCCAACGAGAACAACUCGCCUGCUUUUGAUCAUUCGCAUUCCCAGGAAAGUGCUAAUUACAAGAAUGCUGUCACUGAUCCUUUCCAAGGCGCAUGCAAAAACCCACAUGCAACUUUCAGCAAUAUUCAAUCGUUCAUACCUGCUCCACUUGGAAUCAAUGCAUGUCAGGCCUCGGGAUUCCCGCGGGACACUGCGUCUCAGGGCCGUUCCAGGAAGACACAUAAAUCCCGUCGGUUGUAUCAGCCUCGUUCGCAGCUUCCAGUGGAAGAACCAGGCCCUGAGAUAGAAGAGCAAGUUAAUGGGGCGAGCCAUUCUAGCCAGGCCACUUUGCCGUCGAACUGUACAUCACCUACCUCAGGGGUCACAUUCGGGACAUUUGGGUCCAGUCAGGCGCAUGCUGACCCGGGGCUCAUGCAUGGAUGUGCUACAUCGGACCCGCCUAGUCGCGAUGCGUCCCCUUCAACCCACUCUAGUACUGGCUCGUCGGAGUCUAGCCCUGGAAAGCGUCGCAAUCGCGUCAAGAGCAAAAACCACAAGCCAAUUUCUGGAGUUAUCGGUCAACAGGUUCAUCGCCAGCGCUCUGUCGGGUCAUCCGAAGAUGACGUUUUCGGCCUGUCCAUGGAAGAGGAAAAGUGA